AUGAGCGGAUCAAAAUUAAAUCAAGAUGCUGCUACAUCAUCUAAUAUUCGUCAACCACGACGACGUAUAGCACAAAAUUACCUUCUCCUAUGGGUAGACACCGGCAUGGACGAAGUAAACGAAGAUUAUAAAAAUAUAUUAAAACAAAUACGAACUAUUACUGGUGAUGUCAAUGUCUUUACGCAACGAGAUGCAUGCAUCGACUUUCUUACAGAUACCCAAGAAGACACCAAAUCUUCUCUUAUUGUCAAGGAUGCGAUGUCUCAACAAAUGAUACCCCUCAUCAAUGAUAUUCCUCAGUUGGAUGGUGUCUAUAUCUUCCGUCAUAUUAAAACUCUACAUGAGGAAUGGACAAAAAAAUGCGACAAAAUCAAGAGCAUUCAUACCAAUAUUGAUGAUCUAUGCCAAGCAUUACAAAUCGGUAUUAAGCAGGUCAAUCAAGACUCAAUAGCCAUGAGUUUUAUCCCAGUGAAUGACAUAGCUUCUGCUGAUAAUUUAAAUCAGUUGGAGCCAACUUUUAUGUAUACACAGCUAUUCAAGGAAAUUCUUCUUGAUAUGGAACAUAACAAACAAGCUAUCAAAGACUUUAUUACUUACUGUCGAGACCAUGACUGCAUGUCACCAAAAUAUAUUGACCGUUUUGAGAAAGAAUACCAUGCACAAUCCGCUAUUUGGUGGUAUACUUUCCCAUCCAAUAUCUCUUCGAUGCUCAAUUAUGCUCUUCGCUCUAUGGAAGGCGAUACUAUUAUUAAUAUGGGUUUUUUCAUUCAUGAUCUUCAUCAACAAAUCCAAGAACUAUAUCAACAACAGGUUAAUACUUAUCAAGGCAAACCAUUCACAGUUUAUCGGGGACAAGGUCUUAUAAAAUCGGACUUUGAAAAACUUCAAAAAACAAAGGGUGGACUAAUAUCAUUUAACAAUUUCUUGUCCACCAGUAAAAAUGAUGAAGUGUCCCUCGGUUUUGCUCAAACUGCUUCAACAGAAUCAAAUAAGGUUGGCAUUCUCUUUAUAAUGUCCAUUGAUCCUUGUUUAAAAUCAACACCAUUUGCCUGUAUUGCUAAACUCAGUUAUUACGAGGCACAAGAAGAAGAAAUUCUCUUCUCAAUGCACACCGUCUUUCGGAUGGGUACGAUUGCACAGAUGAGCAAUAAGAAUCAAAUCUAUAAGGUUGAAUUACAAUUAACGUCGGAUGAUGAUCAACAAUUACGACUACUGACUGAUCGGAUACGAGAAAAAGUUCAUGGUACUGGAUGGGAAAGUUUGGCUAACUUAUUGCUUAACAUUGGCCAAUUUAAUAAAGCUGAUGAACUUUAUAGCGAAUUACUCGAACAGACAUCUGAUGAUGUUGAAAAAGCGUUUUGUUAUCAUCAGCUGGGAUAUGUCAGAAAUGCUCAAGGUGAUUAUGAAAAGGCUGUUUGGUAUUACGAAAAAGCACUUAAAAUCUAUGAAAAAACUCUUCCUUAA